UUAAAGAAGGAGAUCUAACCCAAGAAAAUAGCUACUCUUUUCCUUUUUUAGGGAGUUGACAAUUUACAAAUCAUUGCUUUUUCUCUCUUUCCAUAACCGUCUAACUAUAAUCCUACAUAUAGUUGACUUCUCGUCCAUAACCAUUUUUUUUUGUUUAUGAGGAAUUCUCUCGUUUUCUCUUAAGGAAGAAGAACAAGAAGAAGAUUAUAGUUUGAUUUUAUUUAGUUCUUCGAAUUUCUAAAUGUUUAAGACAUUUUCUAUGUCCUCCCGAAUGGGAAGAGACUUGCAAAGAUACAAUGAAGGUUGUCGUCAGGUUGUUGGAUGCAUUCCUUAUAGAUACAGAGAAACUAACGAGUCAUCUUUCAAUAAUGGGGCCAGAAUUGAUGAUUUAGAGUUUUUAUUGAUCAGCUCACAGAAGAGUCCAAGAGUAAUGUUCCCUAAGGAGGUUACGGGUUCGAGCCAUGAAAAUAGCCUAUUGCAGAAAUGCAGGGGGGGUUGGGAAAUUGAUGAGUCAUUAAAAGAUGCAGCUUUACGAGAGACCUUUGAGGAAGCUGGGGUUCUAGGCGAGGUUGAGGUUCAGGACUAUUUAGGUACAUGGAGUUUCAAGAGCAAAAGCCAAGGCACAUUUCAUGAGGGGCACAUGUUGCCUUUGCUUGUUACUGAGGAAUUAGAUGAUUGGCCUGAGAAAACUGCCCGUCGACGUUUCUGGAUGAAAUUUAAUGAAGCUAGGGAAGUAUGUUGGCAUCCAUGGAUGAAGGAAGCUUUAGAUGUAUUUGCUUCUAAGCUUGCAAACAGAAACAAAGAAGAGCCUCAGACAUCAUGCCCUUUCGAGGAAUUGCCAGAUAAAACAAUGACAAACAUUGAUACUGAAGUAGCUAACCAAAUGUACAAUGAUGAAACAAGAAUGGAAGCUGAAGUUAAUCCGUUGACAUGUGAAGAACCAAGCAUAAACCCAGUCUUCGACGAUGAACAGAUAAUUAGCACUGUAGCCGAUUCCAUGCUCAACGAGACAUUGUUCAGUGAAGAACUUGGAAUUAGCCAUGUAGCUGCACCAAUGUUCAAUGAAAGUAAAAGAAUAAGUAUUAUCGCUCACAGCUAGCAACGAAAGAAAAAGGAGAAACGUCAGCAAGCUUAAGAAGCAUUAGAGGCGAAUCUAGAAUUUAGACAUUGUGGGUUCUGAGGUAAGGGAGUUGGUUCUGAAAUGUAUAUCAUUCUAUUUUCACACAUACAUAUAUAGUUAGCACCGGUUCUGCCAAACGUGGUGAACUAGUCAUUUGAUCCGCCACUGAGAAACAAACUAGGCAUUGUACCUUGAACCAAGGAUGAAGAUAGGAUGCCUAUCAGUAGAAUUCUCAAGGUGCCAGGAACCAAGAAUGAAGAUAGCAUGUGUAAAAUGUAAAUAGAUUAGGAACUUAAGGGUACAUAGUCUUUCUUUUGUUCCUUGUUGUAAAUACUCCCUGACCAAUAUAUUAUGAAUGUAGAGACUGACAUAUUAUUUAUGGUUUUA